GUCGGGUAUAGUAAACGGUGAUUGUGCCGAGAGGAUCGUAGAGAACUUCUCUAUGUCGAGCGAGUAAAGUGACAUGUUAUUUUAGACAACCAAGCCCAUUCUGUUGCCAUACUAUGUAUAUUUGAAACACGCAGGAUAUAUAAUGAUCGCUUUUCUCAUAAUGUCGUUGCAAUGUCAAUAAACUACAAAGCAGAGCCAGCCAUCCUGGGACAGCUGCAGGAGAGUGAUCUCAGGGGCUAGCACGACCUGGUGCACUCUGGGUAGUGUGUCCGGGUCUGGCUGCAGCACUUUGCCGUUGGUAUGUUACGGAAGAGCAGCAGCAGUGGAGGGAUUAAGCGGCCCCAGGGUCCGUCACACCUCUCUAACCCCCACACUGGGUCUCUGUCGGCUGGGUCCACUAAGACCUGGGACAUGGGUCGCAGCUCCAGGAACUCCAACCCCCUCAUUAGUAUGGGGCUGGAGCAACAUGUCUUGGGUGCCCCGGGGGUGGACCCGGACUAUGUCAUGCAGCUGGUAAACGAUGUGCGCAAGUUUGCAGAUGUCUUGCUCAACCUCAAAGAAGCAUUUCAUUCAAAAGAAACCCAGGAAGGUCUACACCAGCUGGUCAAAGAGCGCCUAGGUGAGCUGCUCCGAGUCCUCAAGGUUGUCAUCAGCAAACACCAGACCCUGAACUCUGUGGACAUCCUCGGGGCGGCUGGCACUGUCAUAGCUAAGGUCAAAGGCGUUAACUUCAAGGAAGUAAACCAAGAAAGCAAGAACGCUAUAUUCGGCGAGAUAUACACAUCCAUUGACACUUUAGCAUUCACGUUUGGCAAUGUAGUGUCUGACUUCCUUAUGGGAGAUGUGGACAGUGGCCCAGGUUUGGGGCUCCCCCACACCAGGAGGACCAGGUCUUUUGAGAAUCUCUCUGCUAGUUCUGGAGGGUACGCGCCAGACAAACAUGACCUUGCAGGUCCAGAAGGGGUGCUGUCUCUGGAGGAGGAGGUGGACCUGACCCUGCUGAAGAACGACAGUGGGGUGGAGUCAGCGCUGCUCUAUGCCAAGGCCUGGUCCAAGUACACCAAAGACCUGCUAGCCUGGGUGGAGAAACGGCUGGCUCUGGACACUGAAUGUGCAAAAAGUUAUGCAAAAAUGGCAGAAUCUGUGAAGUCACUUGCAAGUCAACAGGUGUUCAUGCCAUUCACAGACAUAUAUAUAUCUACCUUCAAAAACGACAUUGAGUACAGCCAGCUGCUCCUACAAACCGCUACAGCUCUGCAGACCAAUAAGUUUAUACAGCCUCUACUGGCCCGCAAGAAUGAACUGGACAAACUGAGGAAGGACAUUAAGGAACAAUGGCAGCGAGAGCAGAAGAAAAUGCAGGAGGCGGACGUGUGCGUGCGGAAAGCCCGCGUGCUGCAGGCCCAGCGGACAGAGGAGCUCCAGAAGGCUCAGCCCUCCAGCAGCAGCAGCCAGGCCCAGGAGGAGCAGCCCAGCGCUGGGAACAAGCAGCAGGAGAAGAGGAGGAGGCUGGAGGAGAAGUCUGAGGAGGCCCGGGAGCAGUACAGGGCCUGUGUGGCGGAGGCAAGCGCCAGGAGGAGGGAGCUGGCCAACGCCAAGACGGACAUCCUCACCCAGAUCAGGGAGCUCAUCUUUCAGUGUGAUCUCACUCUCAAAGCUGUGACUGUGAACUGGUUCCAGAUGCAGCAGGCCCAGGCUGCGGUCCUCCCUGCCCACUACCAGGCCCUGAGCGAGAGCGCCAAGUUGUACGAGCCCGGACAGCGAUACGCUCAGUUCGUCCGCAACCUGCCCAGAGAGCCCCUGCACCUGGAGGCUCUCUCCUCAGAAAGCCUCAGGUUCCCAUUCAACAAGCGCUCAGUGGGCAGCAGCCACUCCUCUCAUGGGAACCUGUCGCAGGUGUCGGUCACCUCCUGCGACGUCCUGAGCGGAGACGAGGUGGACAGCCCCCCCCACGCCCCGCCAGGGAGGAUCCGAGAGAGGAGGUCCAACAGCAGCACGGACAUCCAAGCUCUGAGAGGGCAGGCCCCUUUACGAGCCUGGGCCUCAGGUAGUCAGGCUGGGGGGAUGUGCAGUGACUCUGAGAGCGCCGGAGGCAGCAGUGAGUCUCGCUCCAUAGACUCCCCCACCGCCAGCCCAGGAGAUUUCAAGAGGAGGCUCCCUCGGACGCCCUCCACCGGGACCAUGUCCUCCGCUGACGACCUGGACGAGAGGGAGCCCCCGUCGCCCUCUGACAAUGGUCUAGGUGAGAUGGUGACUGAGACGGCCAGCUCCCCAGGACCCUUCAGGAAUGCCCAGAUGUCCAAGGCAGCCCACACGCACAAGCUGAGGAAGCUGAGAGCUCCGUCCAAGUGCAGGGAGUGUGACAGCCUGGUGGUGUUCCACGGAGCAGAGUGUGAAGAGUGUUCCUUGGCUGUUCAUAAGAAGUGUCUGGAGACCCUGGCCAUCCAGUGUGGCCAUAAGAAGCUGCAGGGCAGACUACAUCUGUUUGGUAUUGACUUUGACCAGGCAGCCAAGAACAGCCCUGAUGGAAUCCCCUUCAUCAUCAAGAAGUGCACCUCCGAAAUCGAGAGCAGGGCCCUGAACAUCAAGGGGAUCUACCGCGUUAACGGGGCCAAGUCCCGCGUGGAGAAGCUCUGUCAGGCGUUUGAGAACGGCAAGGAGCUGGUGGAGCUGUCUGACCUCUCACCCCACGACAUCAGCAACGUGCUCAAGCUCUACCUGAGACAGCUACCAGAGCCCCUGAUCCUGUACCGCUACUACAACGACUUCAUUGGGCUGGCCAAGGAGACCCAGAGGGUGAUGGUGGAGGAUGCGGAGGCAGCCAGGCGAGCAGAGCCGGGGGACAAGCCCAGCAUCAGCAUCCAGCUCAACAGGGUCAUCUUCAAGAUCCGAGACCUGCUGCGUCAGCUGCCCCAAGGACACUACAAGACCCUGCGCUUCAUGGUGGCACACCUGCACAGGGUGACGGAGCAGGCGGAGGAGAACAAGAUGACAGCCAGUAACCUGGGCAUCAUCUUCGGGCCCACGCUGGUGAAGCCCCGGCAGGCAGACGCCGAGGUGUCCCUGUCCUCCCUGGUGGACUACCCCUACCAGGCCCUGAUGGUGGAGCUGCUCAUACGAUACUUCCAGACCAUCUUCGACGUGUCCCCCGGCGCCACCUCGCACCCGCCCGGGGCGGAGCAUGCCUCCCCCAGACUCACCCCCCAGGAGAAGGAGCAGAGGCUCAGCAGACAUUCCACCUCCCUGCUCGACAUCAAAGAAAGCGCCAAGGUCUACAAGCGGCACUCGUCCGUGAUCCCCUCGUCGCACAUCCAGGACGAGGUGAGGGGGCCCCUGCCUGGCCCGGGGAGGAGAGAGGCCGCCACCCUGGACAGGCUCAACGGCGUCCAGUCCUCCGCGGCCCCCGAUGUCCAGAGGUCCACUCUGGUGUUUGGGCGACCCAGCCUCAACCCCCUCCCCUCCUCCUCCUCCACCGCCCCCCGCGUCCAACUCCGUGCCCAGCGUUCACGGCUCGUCUCUCGGCCAAUCAGCAUGCCCCUGGAGCGCCUUCCCGCCCCGGCCCAGGUCAGCGAGAGGAACAGCCGCAACGUGUCGGAGUGUGACUCUUCCUCCUUCUCCACCUCCACCAUCCAGGAGUGUCCGGAGCUGGAGAAGCCUCGCCCCAGUGGCUCCUCCAGGGUCAGCACCUACUACAUCACCCCCUUCAUCGACACACAGGCCAUACAGAGGAGGACCUGGGAGAGGAAGUACAAACACUACGACGUCACUCCCAGGACCGCCAUGAUUGUAAACAACUUGCCAUCAGCGAAGCCCGGGGCCCUAUCUGGGAAGACUUUGCCAACGUCAUCCUCAUUCUCUGGACCUGGUGCUUCCUCUUCCUCUGCAGGCCUCACCCCCUACCCCAACCCCCAAGGCCCCUACGCAGCGUCGGUCAAGCCCGCAAGGAUGGCCAGAACAGAUAAGUACGACACUGAGAACUCUGCCAGUGAGGCGAGCCCCUUGGUGAAAGCCCCCAUCUCGUUCCGGGCUCCCCGGACUCUGCAGCCGCCUCCAGGCACCUUCUACCAGCCCCCUGCCUCCUCAAGCAGCUGGGCGAGGCAGCAGGGGGGCUCCGGGGCCCCCACCGUCACCUCCUCCUCCUCUAACCCCACUCCAAACACCCCCACUCCCACUCCCCCUCAGACCCGUCUUCAGACACACAACUCCCCGGACAGCUCCGCUGGCCCUGAGGUCACGACCUCCGCUAGCUUGUCGUCUCCCGAGUCUCCGCCCCCCCAGUCUCCGCCCCCCCAGUCUCCGCCCCCCGGCAGCCCUGAGGAGCUGCUGGGCUCGAGCGAAGCCAAGCCCCUGUUCCAGAGACUGCGAACACGCCGUCUGCAGGAACUGGAACACAGGGAGGCCCACUUUGUCUGAAGCUUCCAAUCAUUGGGACUAUUUGUAUAUGAACUGUGUUUCUGUGCCAUGUUGUAAAUGUCUGAAAAAUAUUAUUUUUCCUGAACCGUUUUAUCAUCAGAGAUGGUGGGUAAAAUUGAGAGCAGGCAUGUGUAUAUGAACCGUGAAAGUGUUACAUCUGUAAAUAUACGUGUGUGUGUAUAUAUAUAUAUAUCUAUAUAUAUAUAUAUAUAUAUAUAUCUAUAUAUAUACAUUAACUUACUAUGUGCUGCAUGUUAAAGUCUCAUAAUUAUUUUACACAUGCGUUCAACAGACCUAUUAUCCCAAUUCUUUCUGCCAGUCAUCCCUUACCACCCUGGAUUUCAGAUGAUAACACUGUCAAAUAUAGAUGUUUUAAAGUUUUAUUUGUACAUUUAUACAGUGCAUGUAACUGUGUAAUUUCUUGUUCCAUAUUAAAUAUUUUACUGUUACCACACAAUGCACUUAUUCAAUGCAGGUUCAAAACGACUAACAUUGGCUUCAAUGUUUGAAAUGGUUUAAAUGGCAUAACAGAAUUUUUAAAAGUAUUUUUUACAGUUUUAUAAACAUGAUCAAAAAUCUAUCAUUCAUGCUUUUUUGUACCAGUCUUUCCAGAAUAAAGGGGGAUUGGUACUUUAGGUUCUGUAUGUAAACUCAUGUAUCUGUUUACGUUUUAUAUACUUUAGUUCCAAACUGCACAUUAUGACAUUGAUUUGUUAAUGAAGUUAUUGUGACUAAAAAGAAACAAUAUGCAAAACAUCUUGCUGCAUAUUAAAAGUAUAGUUGAAACUCAA